GCGGGCUCACAGAAAGAGAGGAAAGGCAGUCCGGGCUGGAGAGAGAGAGCGAGCGAGCGAGCAAGCCAGCCAGCGCGAGAGAGAGAGAGAGAGAGAGAAAGCGAGCGAGAGCGAGAUUGCUCUUCCCCAGGACCGGCUCUCUGCUUCCUGCCUGCCUGCCUGCCUGCUGCUGCUGCUGCUGCUGCUGCUUCUUCUUCUCGGUGCUGCGUCCGGCUUCCGGCCUGCCUUGCCUCCUCCGUUCUGCCCGUCCCUCCUCUGGCGCCUGCACUCGCCUUCAUCAGUCGCGUUGCCUUCCGCCUUUCACUCGGAUUCCCUCUCUUCUUCUCGACUCUCUCGAUCUCUGACCUCUUUUCAAUCUCUGCCUCUCCCCUCCGCUUCUGCUCCUCCUUCGCCUGGGCGGGACGGACUGCCGCGCUUCCUGCCCUCGUUCUCUUGCGUUCGUCGUCCAUCGCUUCUGGGCCGCGAGCCCCGUCCGUGUGUUCGCAGAUCUCUCGCAGGAGCAAAAACUGCCAGUUCUGGUCCGUUCUAGGUUGGGAUCGCCAGUCUCCUCUUUUCGGAAGUGACUUUCUCACCAUGUCUCUCCGCCCGAAUGCCCGGACUGAGGUCCGGAAGAAAAGUUACAAGCUGGCCGUCGAUGCCGAUGAAGCCCGCAGGAAGAGAGAGGACAACAUGGUUGAGAUCCGGAAAAACAAGCGGGAGGAGAGUUUGCUGAAGAAGAGAAGAGAGGGCAUGCAGCCGCAGCAGUUUGCUUCCAGCGUUCACUCAUCUGCCACUGAGAAGAAGCAGCUGGAGAGUUUGCCAGCAAUGGUCGCGGGAGUAUGGUCCGAAGACGGAACCGCACAGUUAGAAGCUACCACGCACUUUCGGAAAUUACUGUCAAUAGAGAGAAGCCCUCCUAUCGAAGAAGUUAUCGCUGCUGGAGUAGUGCCCCGGUUUGUGGAGUUUCUUGUGAGAAGCGACUUUCCACAACUUCAGUUCGAAGCAGCUUGGGCUCUGACAAACAUUGCCUCUGGAACGUCUGAGCACACUCGGGUAGUGAUCGAUCACGGAGCAGUACCUAUAUUUGUGCAGUUAUUAAGUUCACCAAGUGACGACGUUCGUGAGCAGGCGGUGUGGGCUCUUGGGAACGUUGCGGGAGACUCUCCUCAGUGCAGAGAUCUGGUUUUGAGUCACGGUGCACUCAUGCCCCUACUGAAUCAGCUCACUGAAAAUGCCAAGCUAUCCAUGCUGAGGAACGCCACAUGGACGCUUUCAAACUUUUGCCGCGGCAAGCCUCAGCCUCUUUUUGAGCAGUCCAAGCCGGCUCUUCCAGCACUGCAAAGACUCAUCCAUUCUUCGGACGAGGAAGUGCUCACAGACGCUUGCUGGGCCCUAUCAUACUUGUCUGAUGGAACCAAUGACAAAAUUCAGGCCGUGAUAGAGGCCGGUGUGUGCCGUCGCCUAGUUGAGCUGCUACUGCAUCCUUCUCCAUCUGUGCUCAUCCCCGCCCUGCGCACUGUUGGAAACAUUGUCACUGGCGAUGACCUUCAGACGCAGUUUAUUAUCAACAAUCAGGCUCUUCCUUGCCUACUCACUCUGUUGACUCACACGCACAAGAAGAGCAUCAAGAAAGAGGCCUGCUGGACUAUUUCGAACAUCACAGCUGGUAACAAGGAUCAGAUUCAAGCUGUCAUUGACGCCAAUAUAAUUCCUCCCCUGGUGCAAUUGCUUGCGAGCGCCGAGUUCGACAUCAAGAAAGAAGCCGCGUGGGCCAUUUCGAACGCCACAUCCGGUGGCACACACGAUCAGAUUAAGUACCUUGUGAACCAGGGUUGUAUCAAACCCCUGUGUGAUCUCCUUACUUGCACUGAUUCCCGUAUCGUUACCGUUUCUCUCGAGGGACUCGAGAACAUUCUUAAAGUUGGUGAGGCGGAGAAGGAUCUGGGCACCACAGGUGGAAUUAAUCUGUACGCCCGAUACAUUGAUGAAGCAGAGGGUCUUGAGAAAAUUGAAAAUUUGCAGACUCACGACAAUAACGAAAUUUACGAGAAGGCAGUCAAGAUCCUUGAGACCUAUUGGCUAGAGGAUGACGAGGAGCAAAAUUUGAAUUCCACUGGCGAUCAAAAUCAGCCCGGAUUCCAGUUUGGUGGUAACCAGCCGUCUGUCCCAUCCGGAGGCUUCAACUUUGGUUAAGAGUUAUAUUGAAGAUCGUAACUUACUGUGAAUAUCCUCGAGAUGAUGGGUUCGAGGAAUCUGAGAGGCAAGCUAAGCGUUGCUGCAUCACAUGUGUACUCGAAACACCUCUCUGGCUCUGCUGACAUGUUGGCCGCUGACAGUUACUUCCCGGUCGCGAGUCCUGACCACUGUGAAACGUGGUUGGUGAAAGCGAGGUCCUCAGUACAGGACUUGUCUGCUGUCUGACACAACUAACGGGUUUAAGCAACACAUCUGGUUGGAGGUUACAAACUGCUGCCUGAUGGUACUAAUCUGCCUGUGCCACAUACCGCGCGUCCCUCCAAGAACGUAUGGUGAAGUGUGAGCAAGAGGUUCAGCAGUCCAGAACUGGGCAUUGUUGUAAGAACUCCUGCUCACAGCGACAAUUGACACUGCUUCGCCUUGAGGGGCUUGCAUUACCUGACCCCUUAGUGUAACAUAAACUGUUGCACUUUGAUGCUCAUUUUUGGCCACGCUGAAUUUCGAUGCAUCUCAAUCAGUGACUACUGAGUCCUGGUUUACUGACUGCCAUUAAUGGUUCUUUCAUGGUGGCAAUCUCUUGCUCCAUGAACUUGGAAUUGAGCUCACUUUGAUUGAGCACACUUCUGUUGACUCUUUUACUGAGCGUAUGCUGAUUUGCAUAUGUAGUCAGCUGACAUUACCUGCACGUUGCGCUACGAGUUUUCGUCAGGCGGAGCUUACUCAUGAUCUGUUUUGACUAACUUGUAAAUUUAACAAGUUACAAUCACCUAGUUCGUACUCUGCGUGAAGAAUGGGUUCUACCUGGCCAGGCGAUCAAGAAGUCGCUUGCCAGUAUAGAAGGAUGGUUAUGCUAGCGCAGUUUCAAAAGAUAAUCUGGUCAGGCUGUAUGAGAAGCCUGAUCGUAGAUUAGCUGAUUUGACCCAGUAGUUGUGGUUAUGAUUAGUAGUGAUAUGUUUCGGAGCCUUCAGGGGUCGGAAUUAGGACCUUUGAAGACAGUUGUUUGCAUCAGGUCAAGUGAAAUUUGACAUUGGUCUCGGUUUCUUCUCUGACCACCUUGAGAACUAUUCAUCACUUUCAUUGGAGGUUGAAGACUUCGCGGUUAUCUUUACUUUGUGGGUCAGUUCUAGGACUUAUGAUUGCUAGCUAGUAUAAGAGUCCGAAAUCCGAGGGAGGAUACAUACAUGGACUGGAGAGAUAUACAAAGACCUCUUGUAUAUGAAUUGUUGUAAUUUGUGCCUGACAAGCCUUGAUAAAUGAGUUUAUUAUUAUGAUGAAAUACAUAGCGUAUCUUGAAGUGUCG